AUGAAAUUUUCUCUGAUUGUUAUCGCUGGUGCUUCAUUAUUUGCAGCCGUCAAUGCUGCUAACUCUACUGCCGGUGGUUACAACUCCACUAUAGGUGGGGGUCACAGUAACUCCACGAUUGGCGGAGGACACACUAACUCCACUACCGGGGGAGGAAGUAGCAACUCUACUGGAGGUGGUUCUACCGGAGGCGGUUCUACUGGAGGAGGUUCUGGAUCAGGAUCCGGAUCUGGUUCUGGUUCUUCUAGUUCUGGUUCUGGAUCAGGUUCUUCUGGUUCUGGUUCUGGUUCCGGUUCCAAAUCUUCUUCUUCUGCAGGAGACGCCGUUGCUGGAUUCCAAAACUUUGGAGUUGCUGGAGCCGCCGUUGUGGCUGUUGCCGCCUUCAUGUUGUAG